AACAUAUAGAUUUGUGGUAGGAAAACUAGAUUAACUGCAAAACCAGAAGCAGGGCCUAGCUGGAAAAUCUCCCGUUUUCUGGUUAUCCAGAUACGCACAACUUUCUCUCUCUCUCUCUCUCUCUUGAGAGAAGAAUGGUCGCAAGCUCUUUGUCAAUCCUCUCUUCCACAUCUUCAUUUCCAUCUAAUUCCAGCUCGCAUCCAUCUUCCGCUUCCACUUCCACUAGACCCAGACCCUUCUACACCUCCAAACGCAGCCUUAAUUUGUCCAAACCCCUUAACUUCGCAAUCCCCAGGGCCUCUUUGAAACAAUCAAUCGAAGAUGGUUCGACGGAGCAGUUUUUGCAGAACAAUUCGAUUGCUGACUUCAUGAGGUUCAAGAGGGGUGUUGAUGGAGGCUGCGCGGAGUUGCAGACUGCUGUGGUCAGGUACAGGAAGAGGUUUCCCUGGUCUCUUUUGCGGCCUUUUCUUCAGGUCGAUUUGGUUUCGACGAUUCACAUUGCAGAUAAAGAGUACUUUGCAACCCUACAGAAAGAACUUGAAUCUUAUGAUUGUGUUCUCUAUGAAAUGGUGGCUAGCAGAGAAAUUUUAGAGAAUAGAAGGAACCCUACUCCUGAAAAAAGAGACAAAGGAUCACGCUCGCGAGGUUUUAACAUCUUGGGAUGCAUCCAGCGACAGAUGGCUCGAGUUCUAAUGCUUGAUUUUCAAUUGGACUGCCUUGAUUACCAAUCUGAGAAUUGGUACCAUGCAGAUCUUGACUAUGAAACCUUUAAAUUACUUCAGCUUGAAAAAGGUGAAAGCUUUUUCACUUUUGCAAGAGACAUGACCCUUAGAUCAACAAAAGCUUUGGUGCAGCCUGCUUCAAUUCCAGGAGACCUUGAUCCUUGGCGAUCCAAGCUUCUAUGGGCUUCACGUGUGCUUCCUAUGCCACUUGUGGGCCUUCUCAUCAUUGGAAGUGUUUGUGAUGUGGGGAACCAGGCAUCAGAAUUUCCUGAACUGGAAGCCUUGUCUAGGCUUGACUUUGGGGCUGCAAUGAAGGUCUUCUUGGCAAAGAGACUGACGUCUGAGUUUACACAGGUGACGACAGAUGUAGAAGAGAGUUCUGUCAUCAUUGGUGAAAGGAAUAGAGCUGCGGUGGAGGCUCUUGGAAGAGCCAUUGAUGAGGGCCAUAAUAGAAUUGCUAUACUAUAUGGGGGUGGCCACAUGCCUGACUUGGGGAGAAGGUUGAGAGAAGAGUUUGAUAUAUUCCCUUCACGUGUGCAGUGGAUAACAGCAUGGUCUAUAAGCAAGCAGAGUCUACAUGUUGAUUCGCUUCCAUUUCUAAAGGCACUCGCCAAAGUCUCGGGUUGGCCAUUGAACCGUUACCAGACUUUGGCGCUGCUCAUCUUUUCCUCAGUGCUGGCAUUGGAUCUUUGGUUUUGGGAGCUCUUUUUCGGAACUACAGUGAGCUGGAUAUCAGAAGUUGUUUCUGAGGCUUUGCAGUAUGUUGAUAAUGCGCAGGUGAUGUGAUAAUCAUAAUGCAUAUGGUUCGUUAACAAGUGCAACGGGCUUCCCUGUAGCAGCUCUCUUUUUGUAUUCAUAUCUUCCCUUUGGCUGCCAAGUCUCUUCCAUGGGCAAGAUUGCAGAUAUCCAUCCACUUUGUAAUUUUCAUUCUGACUGCGCUUCCUUCUCAAAAUAUGACAAGUAAAUGGAAUGGGAAUCAAUACAGAGACAUACAAGCCAGCCGUGCCUGCCUUGAUAAAAUAAGAGCAGCUGGCUGCAAUUUCUUUUAGUAAAAUUUAACAAUUCACUCGGUUGGUGGAUAUCAAUGAUGUAUGUCCAAAACAAUCAUGUAGUUCUGGCUUUCUUUCUUUCUUUCUUUUUUAAAUGUCUUGAAAAUUUUUGGAAGGGUGUAUCUCUGUCACUGUCACUGGCAGCUAAUUAAGGAAGGGCUCUCUAUCUCUCUCAUCUUUCAUAAAAUGAUAAAAAUUUAUUUAUCUUUUUACA